AUGGAAGCAGCCAUGUCAAAUGACCCCAGGUCUGGCGGAGACGCCCAGUCCCAAGACGAGGGCGUCUUCAAAAGGGGUCACGAUGAAACUGUCGUGGAGAAGGUUUAUGGACAAGAUAUUGAAACGGAACACGCCCACGCCCUCGAGUCACACCUCAAUGCCACCGAGGAUGAUGUCCUCGAAGCCAAAGAGCUGGCUGCCUCCAUGAGCCUCGAGAGUGUCCGCGCGUUGAUGACCAACGUACUGGCAAUUCACGAUGGUGAUCCCAACUUUCCUUACCUGACAAUCCAAAACAUUAAAGAGUUUCUUGCCAACGACGAUAUCAUGGCACACCCCGAAAAGCACGAGCAGCUUGUCGAGGAAAUGAAGCUCGAGGCGGCCAUCAUUACGCACAACAGCCCCUAUGCCGAGGUCCGCGCCGUCGUCGACAACCACGACGACCCUAGCAUGCCCGUGUCGACGAUUCGUGCCUGGACCCUGGGCUGCAUGUUCAGCGUAUUCUUCUUCUCGCCUUUCCUCGGCAAGGCCUGGGAGCGCUGGAUGCCCCGGUACGAGUUUGCCCUUCCGUUUACGGGCACCAAGAUCAACAUAAACCCGGGCCCCUUCAACAAAAAGGAACACAUGCUCAUUGCAAUCAUGGCCAACACGUCCAGGAGCCUGCCGUAUACAAACUACAUCAUCUGGACCCAGGUGCUGCCGCAGUAUUUCAACCAGCAGUACGCGCGCAACUUUGGCUACAUGUUCACCAAUGCCUUUGCGACCAACUUCCUGGGCUACGGUCUUGCUGGCUUGACAAGAAAGUUUCUCGUCUACCCGUCAUACUGCGUGUGGCCCAUGUCCCUCGUCACCAUUGCCCUCAACACGGCGCUGCACAAGGAAUCCAACCAGCCCGUUCUGGGCCCUUUUAACAAGACAUGGUCCAUGUCGCGCUAUCGCUUUUUCCUCGUUACCUUUGCGGCCAUGUUUGUCUACUUCUGGUUCCCCAAUUACAUCUUCCAGGCCUUGUCGUACUUUACUUGGAUGACUUGGAUCGCGCCGGACAAUAUCAAACUGAAUAUCCUGACUGGCAUGCAAAACGGACUUGGAUUGUUCAACCCCAUCCCGACCUUGGACUGGAACGUCAUCUGCUUCAACACCGACCCUCUGAAUCAGAUGGUACCGUCAUUCACGACCUUCAACGCCGUGGCCGGCAUGUUCAUCACCGGCCUCUUUGUCCUGGCCGUGUGGUUUACAAAUGUCUGGAACACGGGUUACCUGCCCAUCAACACCAACCGUGUGUACGACCACUUUGGCAAAAUGUACAACGUCUCGCGCGCCCUCGACGAGCACGGCAUGUUUGACCUAAAAAAGUACACGAACUACUCGGCCCCCUACAUGGGCGCCGCCAACGCGCUUCUCUACGGCUGGUUCUUUGCCAUUUACACGGCCAUCCUGACGCACGUCAUCCUGCACCAGCGGUACGAGAUCAAAAUGGGCUUCCGAACCUCUUCCGCGAGAUCCGAGGGGGCGUAUUCGGAUGUGCACAACCGCUUGAUGGCGGCGUAUCCCGAAGUUUCCGAGUGGUGGUACUUUGGCAUCUUGGUCAUCUCGGUCGUCUUUGGCGUCCUCGGCAUCGCCCUGUGGCCUACGUACACCUCGCCAGCCGUGGUCCUGUACGGCAUCGCCCUGUGCCUCAUCUUUGUCAUCCCCAUUGGCGUGACGGUCAGCAUGACGGGCAUCGAGAUUACCCUCAACGUCCUGGCCGAGUUUAUCGGCGGCGUGAUUGUGGAGGGGAAUGCGCUGGCCAUGAACUUUUUCAAGUCGUAUGGCUACGUGACCUGUGCCCACGCCAUUUCCUUUGCCAACGACUUGAAGCUUGCUCACUACGUCAAGAUCCCUCCCCGUGUCACCUUUGUCGGACAAAUGCUUGCCACGCUCAUUUCGACUCUCAUCUGUACGGGAGUCAUGAAAUUCCAGAUGGACAUCAAGAACGUCUGCACAACGGCUGCGCCCAUGAGGUUCCUGUGUCCCGGCCCCAACACAUUCAUGACGGCCUCUGUCCUCUGGGGAACCAUUGGCCCCGUCAAGGUAUUUGGCAUCAACGGGCAGUACAAGUGGCUGCUGAUGGGGUUCCCGGUUGGCAUCGUCCUCGUCACGGCCGUAUGGGGGCUCAAGAAGAUGUGGCCCAACUCGCGGGCGCUGCGGCAGAUCCAUGUCGUGGCCGCCAUUGCCGGGUCGCUGCAGUGGGCGCCCUACAGCUUCUCGUACGCGUGGCCGGCCGUGCCCGUCGCGUGGUUCUCGUGGAUCUACAUCCGCGGGCGGUACCUGGCGCUGUGGUCCAAGUACAACUUCGUGCUGUCGGCGUCGUUUUCGGCGGGCGUAGCCAUCUCGGCCAUCAUCAUGCUCUUCUCGGUCCAGUGGGCCGGCAUCAAGAUCGAGUGGUGGGGGAACACGCAGCCGUUUCAGGGCUGCGAGGAGACGGCCUGCACCGUCUAUGCUCUGGCCGAGGGCGAGCGCUUCUUUCCCUGGUGGGACCGCACCAAGACUCCUGCCCCGUAG